GUCGUGCGGCUCAAACAGUUUGUUGAUAGUGUGAUGGAUAUUUUGGCCAAAGCGCCAGAAGGUGACUUGCAUUUGUUGGACGGCACUGUGUUGCCCUAUGAGGUUUUGGGCGAUGUAGAUGCAUGCCCAUUAAUCUGGGGUCAUGGGCUGGGACCAACCGACCCGCGCAAGAUGGACCACCGCACCUGUGAGAGCUUCCCUCUGAUCAGUGCUGGCUCAUCGACCGCUUGCAAAGGUGGAGGAGGCGUCACAUGGCCGUUCAACGUUGUGACAUAUGAUGCAAGAGGUCAUGGACGUUCAUCAGGGUGGGAGGCACAGGCAGACUGCGUUCAACAAUUUCACUGGCGCAGUCUAGCUUUUGAUAUGUUGUCUGUAGCCAAUCAAUUUCGAAAUGCCCGUACGCGAAAAUUAUCUGGAACAUUGCUAGGAGGUUACAGCAUGGGAGCCUCAACAGCGCUGUGGGCCGCAUAUCUUUGUCCCACUGCAGUUCGUGGCUUAGUGCUCCUCUCCGUGACGACAGCAUGGGAGAUUCGGUCUGCACGUCGCUCCAAUCUUCUGAAAAAUGCAGAAAUGUUGCAAGCAACCGAUCCCGCAGCUGCUGACGUGGUACGGGGUGCUGCCUUUGCUGAUUUACCUUCAUUGGAAGAUUUGGCUGCAGCAAAACUUCGAAUGCCAGUCCUCCUUUGCGCAGCGAGGGAUGACACAACACACCCUGCCGUCGUGGCGGAAAGAUUGUCCCAAGUGCUACCGCAAGCAGACAUGUUAGUAAAAGACACCAAGACUGAAUUGGUCGAUGCAUUUCCACUACACUUGCAGACGUGGUUGCAGCAGAACUUCCAGGACCAAAUCCGAGUGGAAGAAUGA